AUGCGAGGGGUCGCAAGACAUGCACCUGAUGAGUUUACAUGUACCCAACACUUGAAAGCCCUGGCUCUCUUGAGACGACCGGAUCAAGCAUAUUCAUACUUGACUAGAAUGAAAUCGGAUGGGAUCAUGCCCAACGUUUGGGCGUACACAACAUGCAUUGACGCAUAUUGCAAGGUGGGCGACAUGGAAAUGGCUGAAAACAUCAAGUCGAUGAUGAUUUCAAGUGGCAUAGAGCCCACGUUGGCGACAUUCACUACUUUGAUGAAAGGAUACGCCAAGUAUGGGAACCACGAGGCUCUGGAACAUUAUCUUGAGAUAAUGCAGCAAGAGAACAUUAUGAUUGACUCGUACAUAGUCUCGAUUCUGAUUGAUUCUUUCGUGAACAAGGGAGACAUGGAACGAGCUGAGGCAAUCCUGCGAGAAAAGGAGGCCGAAGACCCUAGCCUCCUCAGCUCCCACCUGUAUGCUUCGUUGAUCAAGGGCUAUGGUCGGAAGGGUAUGAUUGAUAGAUGCAUGGCACUGAUGGAAGAGAUGAAGAGCAAGCAGUUGAAGGUUUCAGCAGUUCCUUACAACACGCUGAUAUCUGCCUUGCUUGAAAGCAAACGAAUGGAUCAAGCUCAGAAGACCUUGGAGCAGAUGGAGGAGGCUGGCAUCCAACCGAGCGUCGUCACCUACACACUGCUCAUCCACGAAUUCUCAUCUGCUGGAAAUGUUGCGCAGGCACAGGCUGCUUUCGAGACUAUGGAGAGGAGUGGGAUCUUCCCAGACACGGGAGCUUACAAUGCACUUCUUGACGGUUAUGCUUCUUUGGGACAAACUGCCAGAAUGAAAGAGAUUUUCUGGAAGCUGAUGCAGAGUGCCAAUAAGCCAAGCAUUGAGACCUACAGUAUCAUGAUCAAAUGCUUACUGCAUUCGGACGCAAGUGAUGACGCGAAGAAAAGCGAAAAUCUGAGAGAGUGUAUGUCCUUCCUUGACCAGAUAAGAGAGGAGAACCUAAAGCCAAGCGCUUCUUUUUUCAACUCUCUGAUAUCUGCUUGCACCCUUUUUGGGAAGCCCCAGGACACAUUCCGAAUGUACGAGAUGAUGCAGCUUGAAGAUGUGGCACCGGACAUGAUCACAUUCAACGCUCUUAUGGACUGUUGUCUGAAGCAUGAGCUUCUCUCACACGCCCGCAAGGUUCGGUUCGACUGA